GUGUGAAUCAAGCAUGUGAUGUGUGAGAGUGGCGGGCAUUGCUGAGCUGGCACGAUCAAGCCAUUGGCGGAGCUCGUUAAGGCCGCGCCCCGGUCAUGACUCUGGCGCUCUCCGCUGUAACCGCCGCGACUCGCGUUCAUUUGCACCUCUGCGUGCACUCCGCGCUGCGCCAGCGGCUGUGGCGCACCCAUAAACUGGUUAACGGAUCCAUAAACGGAUCACAUAACGGAUCAUCUAGCAGAUCGGUUUCACCUUGCUUCCGCGCACUGCCGCAAUCUGACGGACUCGUCAACGGAUCGCUUUCUCGCCCGACGCUAGUUGUUCCGCGUAGAGUGUUACUUAUUCCCGCGCUGCGGCAUUGUACUAGCCACCCGCCUAGUGUGCCCACUCCUGCAAGAGCCGGCCGGGUAUUUUCGGAAUUAACCCCAGAAGCCGGAGCCAGUUCUGAGGAACCAUCCUUAAACCCCGCCUUAAAAUCCCUCGUAGAACCCUCGGCAGUAGAAACCGCUGCGGCGAAAGGGGUUACAGUUAGGAAGCGGCGCGCGCGGACACCGAAACCGGCCAGCGGGGCUGACGGAGCUUCGGAUGACGUGGUGAGAUUUAGCAAUGACGCAGAAGUUCCACGUGGCAGCGAUUCAGUCAUCCCACGUGGCAGUGAGUCGGUGAAAGCGUUGGAUUCUUUCGUUAGCCAAGAAAAUCCUAAGCGCGUGAGUGGGGGGCGAGGUCGCAGAGUGUCUAGUAACGAGACUGCUAAUAGCGAGGAUUCGGGUGCGGGGAAGGCGGCAGCUGCCGGAAGCGUAAGGGGGGCGCGCGGUCGGCCGCGGAAGCAGGCGGAAGGGGAAAAGCCGGAAGCGGAAAAAACGCCGUUAGCCCUCGAGGUAGCGGCAACGGGAAGAGGGGGCGGAGGAGGAGACUCGAAGGCAGGAGCAGGCUUAGGGUUAGGGUUAGGUUCAAGAGUUGCCCGAGACGAGGUGAAAGGUACACCAGCAGUUAUACCAGCAGCUACGCCGGCAGUUGGGGAGGCACAAAAGAAAACGAGCGGGGGCAAGUGGAGUGCGGACGAGCUCUUGCUUUCUCGCGGGCUCAGCACACAGGCUGUAGCAGCGUCUCCGGCUGUAGCAACUGCUGAGGGCUUUAGCAGUGCAGGGGUUCCGGGUGUAAGACCCUCAUACUCCAAACGAGUCAGCCUUUACGCGGAAAGAACGGUAAGGGAGCGCAGGGAGGGACAGGCGGGCGGGAUGCGAGGAGCUACGGCGGGCGGUGGGGCGAGAGGGCGGCAAGGUGCUGACGUGGCAGCAGGAGGAGGAAGAGCGGAGAAAGCAGAGGCUGCAGGGUUACAGGGCAGCAGAAAGGGCAGGAAGGGGAAGGAGAGAGACAGAGGGGGGGGGGAGAAAGGGGGGGGGCGAGGGGGAGGCGGAGGGGUCGGGGAGGGGGCAGCAGGGGGAGCGGGAGGGGAGAAGCUAGCGCAGAACAGGACGGCGUAUGUGCAGGUGCUGGGGACGGGGAUGGACACUGGGGACACGUCUCCCUGCGUGCUGCUCUUCUUUGAGCGACUCAGGCUGGUGUUCAACGCGGGCGAGGGGCUUCAAAGGCUCUGCAUAGAGCACAAGAUUCGCCUGGCAAAGAUUGACAAGAUCUUUCUCUCCCGCGUUUGCACGGAAACGGCUGGCGGGCUGCCAGGCAUGCUGCUGACGCUGGCCAACACAGGCGAGACUGGCAUCACGGUGGACAUCUGUGGGCCGUCGGAUCUCCAUCGGCUCGCAGCAGCCAUGCGAUGCUUCGUCGGCGCAGCAUCGGUCCGAACCUCCAGCUUCGGCACCACCAGCCCUGGGCGUCCGUCGUACCCCCAUCCUCCGCUUCCUCCUUCCUACCACGAGGUGAAACAGCAGCUGCUGCUGGGGCAGCAGGAGCAGGGGGGAGAAGGGGGAGCAGCGGGGCAACAGCAGCAGCAGGAGAGUGGGCAGGGAAGGGAGGAUAAGAGUGCAUUUAUCGUCCAUCAUGAUGGUGAUGUGAAAGUAACUGCAGUGCUGCUAGAGCCAUCGCGGUCCCCCUCUGCGGAAAAACCGCUGGUUGUUGGCGACAGCAGCGCAACCCUCCCCUCACCUUCGGAGUCCCUCAGAGAACUGACCCUGUCGCAGCAUGCUUCAGCCUCUUUUAAAGAGCAAGACUGGCAACAAGCUAAGUCAGCAAAGCGGCCCAGCCCUGGGUCGUCUGGCGUCAGCAGCGGAUGGGAAGUGGCAGGGGGCAGUGACAAACGGGCGAGAACAGCAGCUGGGAGACUGGGGCAACAGGGGGCAACAGGGGCAAUGGGAUGGGAGACAGGAGAUGUAGCGUUGGGAGCAGCUUCGGGGGCAGCUUUGGAAACAGCUUCGGAAACAGCUUCGGGAAUUGCAUCGGUCGUGUAUGUGUGCGAGCUGCCCACGGCAGCUGGGAAGUUUGACCCCAAGCGAGCAGCAGCCAUGGGCAUUCGUCCCGGGCCCAAGUACCGGAGGUUGCAGAUGGGGGAGAGUGUGCCGUCUGACGAUGGAAGCAAAACGGUGCAUCCAUCUGACGUCCUCGGAGCAUCCAUCCCAGGUCCCGUUGUACUCCUUAUAGACUGCCCCACUGCAAGCCACACGCAGGCCCUCCUGCAGUCGCCCCAGCUCCAGCGUUUCUGCAGCAGCCGCCACAACAGGGAGAGUGGCAGCGGCGGUGGUGGGAAUACGGAGGGUGAUAAUAACGAGGGGGGCACCAAGGAGGUGACGGUCGCAGUGCAUGUGAGCCCAGAGGCGGUGGUUGAGGCAGACGAGUACCGGCGGUGGAUGGGCAUGCUGGGGCCCAACACCACACACGUGUUAGCUGGGCAUGGCAGAGCCUUUGAGUGCCCCCCUGUGCUGGCGGGCAGUGCUGCGCUGACAGCCAAGCUGCACUACGUAGCCUUUGAGUGCCCCCCUGUGCUGGCAGGCAGUGCUGCGCUGACAGCCAAGCUGCACUACGUGUGCCCGCACCUCUUCCCAGAGCCGUACGACCACACUCUGGCCAAGGAGCAGAACAACAACGAGCAGAAAGACGAUAGUGGGCGGCCCGCUGUGCUGGGAGAGAGGGAAGAUGAUUCCGCACGAGGUUAUGCCCUGGAGCCUGUGGAUGGUCUUCCAAUGGGCCCUGUCGUAAUCGCCAAGAACCUUCUCAAGUUCAACCUUAGGGGUGCUCCUAUUCUCGGAGCCGACGCAUCAGCAGUGCCGCCCGUUUUUAACGCACAAAAUACUGUUCACCACCUGCUGCGGAGCAUUCCGGAGCUGAAGGAAGCUUCCAGGAAGGUGGCUGCGGAUUGGGGGCUGAAAGGACCGGAGCAAGAGGGGGAGAAGAAGGAGGAGGCGGAGGGAGAGGGGGAGAGGAGUGGGGAGGAUCAAAUGGGAAUCGGAGGAGGGGGAGGAGGAGAGGGAGCAAGUAAGGUGCAAGGGUUGGAGAAGGGGAGGAGUGAGGAGAGGAGGAGGAAGAAAGACACAGUGGGCGCAGAGGUCACAGGCACAGGCACUCUUACAGGGAGCGCUUACAAGGAGGAUGAAAGCUCAUGUGUGUCCGAAGAGGCCCCUGCGUACAUGCGUGGCAUGGGUAGGGAGGAGGUGGAAGUGGUGUUUCUGGGCACGGGGUCAUCCCAGCCGUCCAAAUACCGCAAUCUCAGCGGCAUCUAUCUGCAUAGAUUCGAUUAUGGAGGGAUGAUUCUGGAUUGUGGGGAAGGGAGCUACGCGCAACUAACCAGACGGUUUGGUCCAGAAAAGGCAGAGGACAUUAUAGCGGGGUUGAAGUGUAUUUGGAUCUCCCACAUUCACGCCGACCACCACACCGGGCUGGUCAGAAUUCUCGCUGCCCGGAGAGACAUUCUUUUGCGCCGGGCAGCUCAGCGGGCAGCUGAACGGGCAGGUUCUGGGGCAGGAACUCAGGCUCUGCCUGAGAAGAUGGUAUCUGAGGAACAGGACAAGGACGCUACAGUGCCCGUGCCGCCCGUUCUGGUGAUCGGGCCGAAGCAGCUUCGGCGGUAUCUGGAGGCGUAUCAGACGUUUGAGAGCCUCCACUUGACGUUUUUGGACUGUAGCCAGACGACAAGAGACGCCGCUGCUCUUGCUGCUAAAGCAGCAGCAGGAGGAGGAGGAGGAGGAGGAGGAAGGGAAGAAGCAGGAGGAGCAGGAGGGGCAAGAAGACAAAGUGGUGGUGCUCCAAGGGAGGAGGAUGGGGGGAUGGAGGAGAGUGACGACGGGAGGGACCAAUGCGGGCUCAUCUGGCAAAAGGCCACCCAAUCUCAGCAGCAGCAGCAGCAGCAGCAGCAGCAACGGAGGCCUGAACCAGCGGGGGAGGGUGGAGAGAGAGACAGGAAGGGGCUGCGUCCCUUCUGGCUCAAGACGGGGUUUCACCUGGAAGACGGGGGCCUGGACGAGCCAGGCAGGCGGCAGCUGGGGGAGGUGCUAUCUGCGCUGGGGCUGAGCAGGCUGGAGAGUGUGCCUGUGGUGCACUGCCCCCAGGCGUUUGCCGUGGUGCUGGAGGGGAGGGUGCGGGGGGGAUUGGGGAGUGUGGACAGGGGAAGUGGGGAGGAAGAUUCUUGGAAGCUUGUGUAUUCUGGUGAUACUAGGCCGUGUGACACUGUGAGGGUGGCGAGUCGAGGAGCUACAGUGCUCAUUCAUGAGCGCGGCGCAACAGCUCCACAAGUUGAGGCAGUAGAGGAGAGAGCCACAGCAGCACAAGUUGAGGCAGUAGAGGAGAGAGCCACAGCAGCACAAGUUGAGGCAGUAGAGGAGAGAGCCACAGCAGCACAAGUUGAGGCAGUAGAGGAGAGAGCCACAGCAGCACAAGUUGAGGCAGUAGAGGAGAGAGCCACAGCAGCACAAGUUGAGGCAGUAGAGGAGAGAGCCACAGCAGCACAAAUUGAGGGGAUGGUAUAUUCGAGUAUAGAGGAGAGGGCCACGGGUAUAUUCCUCCUCGUCUCGCCUUUCAAGUCGACUCAAAAGCCACAAGCAACCUUUGAGGAUGAUUUGCAGCAUGAGGCCAUAGCCCGAAGGCACAGCACCACAAGUGAGGCGGUGCAGGUGGGAGCAUCUGCCCCCGCAUAUCGCACCAUUCUCACGCAUUUCAGCCAACGGUACCCCAAGAUCCCCCGCCUUGCCCCCCCGGUGAAGAAUAAGAAGAGGGGCGGUGGAAGAGGGAAUGGAAGCGCGGACGGUGGGGAUGUGGAGGACGGUGAGAGUGGGAGUGCGGCGAUUGCGUUCGAUUUGAUGUCGGUUAAUUUCUGUGAUCUGCCCAAGCUGCCUGAGCUGGUGCCUGUUUUCCAGUUGCUGUUUAGGGAUGCUUUGGAAGAGGAGGAAGAGGAGCAAGAGGGGGAAGAAGCAAGGGUUUGAUUGAGAGGAGAUCGUAGGUUAAGCAGCAGUUGCUAUUUGGAAUUGUUGUUCCUUUUCUUUCGUGCUUUGAGCUAUACACUAACAUUUCGUUCAGUAUAAUCUGUUCCCG